CCAUUCAUUUUCUGGUUAACGGAGAAGCAAGGCGCAGUCGGAAAUUUCGCCUGUUUCUAGUUCAGUACAGUUACCUUAAACCAGGAGAUCUUUGCUUGUUUAAGGUUUGCCAGUCUCGGAAAAAGGAUUAUCCACGUUGUCCCCAACAAGUAAAAGGGAAUAGACAUUUUACUGGGCGUUCCGGGCGGUGCACCAUGGGGAAACACAACAGUAAACUGGCCCCGGAGGUCCUGGAUGACUUGACCAAGAGCACCGAGUUCAAUGAGAGUGAACUGAAGCAGUGGUACAAGGGCUUCCUGAAGGACUGUCCUACUGGCAUCCUCAACCUGGAGGAGUUCCAGCAGCUCUACGUGAAGUUCUUUCCCUACGGCGACGCCUCCAAGUUCGCCCAGCACGCGUUCCGGACGUUCGACAAGAACGGAGACGGCACCAUCGACUUCCGGGAGUUCAUCUGCGCCCUGUCCAUCACCUCUCGGGGCAGCUUCGAGCAGAAGCUCAACUGGGCCUUCAACAUGUAUGACCUGGACGGGGACGGCAAGAUCACACGCAUGGAGAUGCUGGAGAUCAUCGAGGCGAUCUACAAGAUGGUCGGCACGGUGAUCAUGAUGCGUAUGAACGAGGACGGGCUGACCCCCCAGCAGCGCGUCGACAAGAUCUUCAGCAAGAUGGACAAGGACCACAACGACGAGAUCACGCUGGAGGAGUUCAAGGAGGCCGCCAAGAGUGACCCCUCCAUUGUGCUGCUCCUGCAGUGCGACAUGCAGAAAUAGAGAGGUUCCGGGAGGGGGGGGUGAGGGGGGGGUUGAACCUUGAUGUGAGAUUCGAACUGCAGCUUUUCCUUGGUUGUCAGAAUGUGGAACCGAAGGUACCGUGCGAGCUGAAAGCAGGUCAUAUAUAUUGAUUUUGUCUUGAUGCUCUCCUGGAAAUUGUACUAUAAUUGCACUCAUUUGUACCGUACAGUUUUCUCAUGCCAGUGUCUGUCUACCAACCCUAAUAUGAGCCGUCCGCUAAGCAAAUGACUUAUACCAAUGACGCAAAACAAACUGAAAAUCAAUAUAAGAAGUCAUCAUUUUAAUGGGACAUAUUAAGAGGGUUAAGAGAGUCUCCUCCUAACUAUAAAUACGUUAUAUUCCCACUCUUCUCUGGAUUUUCGGAGAUGUAUGAAAAGGGAUCUCUUCUGACCAAGGAAUCUCCAUCGCUCCAUACUGCUGCAGCCUGGCCCCGUACGAUCAGGAUAGCCUUGCAGCUACU